AUGUCAUAUGCGCGGCGCGAACCCGCCUCAGUCGCGUCAUUGCCGGCCGAGUUACUGCUCCAUAUCCUCAAGAACGUUUACGUCGACAGCAGACAGGGUUUGGGGACGUUCUGGCCACACGAGUGGUGCGAGAGCCUGUCCGAAUGCAAUUGUAAACCGAACGAGCCAUACCUCACAAAGUGGAACGAUAACACCGAUCUGAAAUCAUCCUCGUUGUUCCCCUAUGCACUCUCCUCCGUUUGCAAAACGUGGCAUGAUGUGAUGCUCCUCGUUCCGGCAUUUUGGACGCGCCUCGUUAUCUUUUUGGACGACCAACCAACCGCAAUCGCGGAGCUGCGCUCUCACCUUUCUGCUUCACGCGACCUUCCUUUUCGUGCCCACAUCUUCAAUCGCGAGGAUGCGAUUAGUCAGGAUACCGCCGAGAGGGCCCAGGUUAGGGCAGUGGUUAAUGAGCUGUCCCCACAUCUCCACCGAUGCGAGCAGCUCACGUUCGACGUCAUGCACAAUUCGUCCCUUCCUUCCAUUUGCCACACCUUCAGCGGGUCCUUUCCACUUUUGACGGAGCUGUCCAUGCGGUGCAGAAUCUAUGAUGAGCCUGAGGCAAUUGACAGCCAAGGGGAAGAUAACAGGGAUCCAUUCCUUUUCCCCAACCUUACCUCCAUUUCCCUGACUGGCUCGGCGUUCGUAGACGCCAAUAAAAACCCAGACUCGGGAAUGGGAAAAAAAUUGCGCUUGUUUUCCCUCUCCCACUUAUCCUCCUUCGACGACCCCGGCCUGACCCUCACCGGCCUCAUGCACAUCCUCAAUAAGUUCGACAAGAUCUCUAGCCUCGAACUCAAACACAUUGACCUGCCUUAUAAUCCCAAUGAGCAAAUUCCGCGCGGUUCGCAGCUCCGAGUGCAUUUUGAUACCAUCCUGCUUGAGGGUUUCAAAAGGGCAACUUUCGAAGCGUUCAACAGGUUCAUCGGUGGAGGGGACUCCGAAUCUCUGACAAUCAGAGCGUGUGAGCUUGCCGGCAAUAUCAGCGAUACGGUAUAUCUCACCUUGGAAGACAUCCACAGUACUGAGGACUUACUCUCCGUCAUCCCCACGCUCUCCAACCACUGGUUCACCUUCACCUCUUGCUCAGGACUCAAUGACGCCUGCUUGGAACUCCUUUCAAAGCCCGAUCCAAGCACAGGCCAAUGGAACGUUGAAACAUUGUCGAGUCUUAGUAUCUCGGGUUGCCCUGGGAUUUCCGUUCGGGCGCUGAAGGAGUUGGUGGAAGGCCGGAAGGUGGAAGCUACAGCGCGCGGGUACGAGACGAAUCCCCACUAUGACGACUUCGACGAGGUCUCACCUAUUGAGUCGCUUAACGUCUAUGAUUGCGGUCUCGAGUUUUCUCCAGAAGACGCUCAGUGGUUCAAGGAAAAUAUCGGAAGCUUUUAUUUCCGGUCGUAG